UUUUAUUUUUAAUUUUAUUAUUUAACGUGCCUUAUUAUUUAUACAAAAUAAUAUUUAUACAAAACAUGGUUUAAUGCCAUUACUUUCAUAAUUGAUAUAGUAAAGAAAAGAAAAAUCAAAGAAGAAGUUAAAAUGGUCAAAGCUGUUCUUGUUAAGCACCUUGGAGAGCGAAAAAUUGUUAUUGCUAAUAAUAGCAUUUCCAAGAAGUUUGCUAGUACAAGUGGGAACAUUUGUGGAAUCACAUGGAAUGGAUGUAAUGUCGAUGAAGAUACUUUUGUUGCCAUUCUAAAUAAGCAAAAUCUGGAAGUUGAGGCCUUGUCUUUGCCAGUGUCUAAACUUUAUUCAAGCUCUUUUUGCCAAAGUUUAAAUGAUUUUUCUCCUGUUAAAAACCCUGUAUACAUUGACCUUGAAAAUUUUCAUGCUUCUUCACCACAGCAGUGUUUAUCUUUACCCGUGACAAAUCUAGAGAGCACAGCACAUGUAACUGAACCAGUUUUUAUUCAAGAAGCUUUACCUCAAAAAUGUGCAUUUUCGCAGUCUUCAUUGGCAGGCAUUUCCAGUCAACCAUCCUAUACUGCUCAAGUGGCUUUAACAUCUAAUCCACUAACAAAUGCAAUCCAAAAAAUUGAUAGAACUUCUUUUGUUGGUGAUGUUAGACAACAACUCAUUAAUUACUUUCCUCCACACAUUAAACAUUUUGUUAGCAGCAAUUCUGUAGUAGAAGAUAAGAUUGUGGCCAGAGAAUUAAUGGCUUGUCUCUUAUCAUUCUGCUUCUCCCAUAUCCCAACUCAUGCUAUCAUUGAAAAUAGAGUUCUUCUGCAUAAAACAUUCUUUUCAAAGUUAAAGUCGAUUUGUCUCAGCUUAUAUCCUUGUUAUGGUCAACGAUGGGAUCUCAUUUUUAAAAAGUUGCUAAACAAUUAUCGACAACGACAGUAUACCAAGUGUCACAGCUUAAAGGUGAAAAGGAAAAAUAACAAUAGGAAACUUAAACCUGUUGUGACUGAAUUGGUAGCUAAUCAAAAGCAGUUAUUAAAAGAUGUUGAAAGUAACUUUUAUAGCUCUUGUAUAUGUUUAAAAUCUACUAUUACUUUUCAUUUUAGAAUGAAUUAA